UCUCUCUCUCUCUCUCUCUCUCUCUCUCUCUCAGCCUGCUUUAUAAAUCUGUCUUUUCUCUCUCUCUCUCUGACGACCAAUUCAUUCGCUGCCUGCGAAACCGAAAACGAUUGCGUGGACCGGAGGUUCCCGAAGCAUUCCAAAGCCAAAUCGCUCAUAGAAAUGGCGUCGUCGACUCCUCCCUCCGAAGAGCCACAGGAGCAGCAAGUGAAGGAGUGCGUGUACAAGACGAAACUCAUUCAGUUCUUGGGACGCACCACGCCCAUCGUCCUACAAAACGACAAUGGCCCCUGCCCUCUCCUCGCCAUCUGUAAUGUUCUUCUGCUAAAGAAUAACUUGGAUUUGAGUCCAGAUACAGUGGAAGUCUCACAGGAGAAAUUACUUUCACUGGUUGCUGGAAGAUUAAUUGAUUCCAACAGUAAUUUAAAAAAUAAGGAUGCAGGCUAUGCUGAAAAUCAACAACAGAACAUUGCUGAUGCAAUUGAUCUACUUCCUCGACUUGCAACUGGCAUUGAUGUAAAUAUAAAAUUCAGGAGAAUAGGUGAUUUUGAGUUUACUCGAGAGUGUGCCAUAUUUGAUCUAUUGGACAUUCCAUUAUAUCAUGGCUGGAUAGUUGAUCCACAGGACAAUGGUACUGCUAAUGCUAUUGGGUUAAAGUCCUACAAUGCUCUUACAGGAGAGCUUGUAGCCCUGGAAACACGAAAUGUGGAGGGUGCAUGUAAGGACAUUCCUGAAGAAGAUUGUGUUGAUUUUGCCGCUGCAACAACUGCAACUCUAGGUGUUCCUUCUCCAUGCCUUUCAAAGGCUACAUCUUUUGAUGAGUCUCCGCGCUCACUCUCUGAUCACCAGAAAGUAAGAAAAGGAGACCUUGAAGAAGAGGCAGAGCUUUUGAGAGCUUUGAAUCUGUCUGAGGCUGAUACGGCAACUUCAGUAGGUGAUACUCUUGUAGCCAAUACUAAUGGAGGGACUCUGUCUGUCAGUUCCUAUGAAAGUGCGUGCCUUAAGGGGGUUAUGCCUGUAGAUUUGGUGGAUAGAUUAGACAAAUGUAUUGGUCUUGAUGACAACAAUUUUCAUAAACCGGAACCAUCCGUAUUAGAUGACUGCAAAGCCACAAGCAAUGACAGUGAUGCGAUGUUUAUAAAAAAUUUACCGGGGCAAGCAUUCAGUUUAUCCUCAAAAACUGAUGUGGGAGAUCACCUUGAUCAGUCAACUUCCGUGGAAUCUGAGGAACAUAUCCUUCAGAAUAAUGUGGUUGAGAAUACCGGUGUUGACACAUUGCUCCAAAGUGGAAGUGCCCUUUCCCUUUCUCCUGGAAGAGGAACUGCAUCUUUGGAUGAGAGUCAUACGGAUAUUUCUAGAGGGGGUGAAGAAGUUAAGAAGCAAUCCAGUAUUACAACUAAUGUUCAUGAAUCUGCAGAUAAGCUAGGUGGGUGUAGCACAACAGAAUUAUCAUGCUUAUCUUCACCAAAUGCAGAUUCAGAUUUAUUGAGGGGAAGAAUUCAGCACAUAGAUGCCUCCAAAGCUUUGACCUCAAAUGUUGAUGGCAGUGAGCCCAUAUAUGAAGGAGAGGAAUGUAUAUUGGAUUCAAGAACUGCGGUACUUGAGGACCGGGAGCCUGUGUAUGAAGGUGAGAUGAUUCUUGCAAAACAAGCUGACAAAAGCACCAUAGAUGCCGGUAAUGCUUGGUCCAAGGAUGAAAUCACUCCACAACAAGGUGAGCUGAUCCGUAGUUUUUUGAAGAACAAUGCUAGUCAGUUGACCAUUUAUGGCCUUUUCUGCUUACGAGAAGGUCUUAAAGAACGUGAACUUUGUGUUUUUUUCCGUAAUAAUCACUUCAGCACCAUGUUUAAGUUUGAUGGUGAACUUUAUCUUCUUGCUACAGACCAAGGUUACAUAAAUCAGCCUGAUUUGGUAUGGGAAAAACUAAACGAGGUCAAUGGGGAUACAUUGUUCAUGACAGGCAACUUUAAGGAAUUCAAGGUAGAAAGUCGCUCAAAUGAUGGUUGGGAUGAACAUAAUGUUAUGGCCAGCACUGCUGACUAUCUUGCCAGCAUCGAUAGUGCAGCUCAAGCGGGUUUGAAUAUAAAUUCUGAUCUGCAAUUGGCAAUUGCUCUACAACAAGAGGAGUUUGAGCAACAACCACAACGUCAUAAUUCGCAGCAGCAAUCAUCCAUUGGCAGUUCAAGGCUGGUCACUGGUCCCCAGGUGGCAAGAAAUAAUGGUAGGAACCCGCCCUCAUCCUCAUCCUCCAAGCCCGAAGCAAAAUCAAAAGAGAAGUGUACUUUGAUGUGAAAUCUGCACGCAGGCAGUUGGGAAGUAUGUUGUAAAUGGUGUGUUUUCCCCUUUGUAUUCCAUGCUAUUAGUCAACCGUAUUCGCCGUAUAUGUGAUUUUAAUAUUUUUUUUUUUUACUGUAAAUAAUGCAAGUAUAUAGUACCACAUGGCUAGGCCCUCGAUCUUCA